AUGGCAUAUCGACCUCAGGCUAACGGUACUGCAGACCGAAUGGUACAGACGGCGACGAGAGCCCUGAAUAUGUUCGUGGAGGAUCUGGAUCAGAGAGAUUGGGAUGAGUACGCAGAGCGAUUGACCUUCGCGAUCAACACGGCUCAAGAUCGGGUCUGUGGGGACUCCCCUUUUUAUCUGGUGCAUGGAUGGGAUCCUCGAUCGACGCUCGAGGCAGCGAUACCUUUGGGUACCCGGACUCGGGAUCGGGAUCAUCGACGGUGGCGUUAUCGGAUCCAGAAGCUCUACGAUCAGGCGCGAAGUCAGGUGAAUGCUCGACUACGCGAGGCGAUCACGGAUCGGGCCGAUCGACACAAUGAAGAAGUUCGACCGCAGUCGAUCGAAGCUGGAUCUCAGGUGUGGCUGUACCUGGAUCGUGUGAAAGAGGGGUAUGCCCGGAAGCUGGCUCACCUGUGGCACAGCCCGUUCCGUGUGGCGGAGAAGGUGAACGAGUACACGAUGAAUCUUCAGAUCGCUGGUACGGACUAUCACCUAUUCCCGAUCGUGCAUGUUUCGAAGCUGAAGUUGGUCAGGGACUUCCCCGAUCGACCGCAGAUCGCACUCACGGUGGACGAAGCAGAUCGACUCGAUUUCGGCGAAGUCUUACUUCCGGAGGACAGCUGGGCCCCAGAUCGAGACUCGAACGAGUGCGAAGUGGAGAAGAUCACGGAUACGAGAACAGGUCGCAGGACCCGGUAUGGCCGGACGUAUCGAGAGUUCCUGGUACACUGGAAGGGUUAUGACGAGCCUGACUGGGUCGACGAGGCUGAUCUCAACUGUGGAGCUUUGUUGCACCAGUUCCUUCGAGAUCGCGUGAACCGGAACGGAUUGGGCGCGAUGCAGUCUCACGAAGAAGAAUCGGAUGAUUAUGGAACAACUACAAGGCGCUACGACGACGGAUCUGGGCUGAUCGGGUUGGUGGCGAAAGGUGCCGCUGCAGCUGCAGCCGGGUUGAACGCGCCUGGGUUGAGCCCUGCUGACUUGCGGCUCAAUGCUCGGUUAUGCCGGAUCCUGGCUCAACGUUUCCCGGAGGUGAUGGACACCCCGACUGAAGAGACUCGUCGAGUCGAGUUGACCAUCCACCCGCGAGCGGACGGCGCCGCUACUACUCUGCCAGCGCCCGUGAGCUCGGCUGGUUCUUUCCUUGGACAAUCAACUCGGCUGACUGGAUCUGAGGCUCCGGCCUCUCCAAGCGAGUCUCCUGCAUCAUCUGCCGCCAAUCCUGUGUCGGCUGAUGCGGUUUCUACGCCCGUGUCCACUUCUGCUUCGCGCCGUCGCCGCAGCAAGUCGGUCGACGAGGUUCACCGACGCAAGCCCAAGAAGCCAUUCGAGCAGCCGUACGCGUGUCCACUUCCUGGUGAGGUCGGCCAUGAGGACGCGUUGGUCCAGCUUGAAAAGGCUGCCCAAGAGACUGACGCCGCAUGCGACCUAUCGCUCCGGUCGAGCUUGAACUUAGCCGGGUUGACUGUCGACGAUGCGAAUGUGGAGGCCGGCGACGAGGUUCACUCGCUGGAAGAGGACCUCUCGUUCGAGUUCACCGAAGUGCCUGGUUCCGCCGAGCUUCCGAGGGGGCCCGCCGGCCCGACCGUGAGUGUGCCGUCCGUGCAACUCGUGCCUUACUCUUCCUCCCCGGUGCAGACGCCUUCAAGCGGAGUGGCUGUUGUACCGUUGCCUGGAUCUGCUGACCUUGCUACAAUUCCGUCCGUUUUGUCGCUUCCUGCCUCGGUUCCGUUCCCGACUCGUGUCCGGUGGGUUCCUUCCUCGACCAGCGUGCCGAGCGCGGCUGUGGUGACAUCGACUGCCGGCGCCGGAGGACAACCGGGUUCCUCUGCUCCCGAUCCGGCGCUUGCUACAACGCAUGCUGUGAUUGCGCCGAGCUCGACGGCUGGAGUCUCGGCUGCAGGUACAAUUAACAGCUCCGCUGCGAUUCCGCCUCGGGUUUCGCAGUCUUCUCCGGGUUCGGCCGCUCACCGGCUCUUGGCAUGUACUCGUUCCCGGUUUGCCAAUCAAGCCCAGAGUCGUCGUGGCCCGUCAGGGGUGGCGUCGACUGUAGUCACCCCAAUGCCGAGCACUCCGUCGGUGGCCUCGACCCGGCCAGCGGUUCCUCCGAGCUCAGCUGGGAUGACUUCUCCAUCGGGUCGCCCUUUACGCUCCACUGCGGCUACUGCCCGAGUGUUGAACGCUCACUGCUUGGAUCUGUUAGAGACUCGUGACUAUCUCGUCCUCCGGUCCGCUCGGCGUAGCUCCUCCUCUGGCUUGUCGGGCUCGGCUCUUGGAUUAAAUGCUCCUGGAACCUCAGCACAUCCGUUGUCUGUGUCCGAGAGUUCUGAGUCUGAGGCUGACGACCCUGGAUCUGCUGACGAGCUCAGUUCGGCCGACCCUGACGCAUCUCGCCGGGCUUCGUUGGCUUCUGCGCUCCCACCUCCGCACGGGAAGCUCCAGAGCUACAUGGCUGCUCGUCAGUCUCCUCUCGUUCCGUCCAGCGAGCCAGAUGACUCAGACUCGCAGCCGAGUUCCAAGAAGCAGAGCGGUAAGGGCAAGCGCAAGCGGAGGCGCAAGCACAAGCACGAGCACGAGCACAAGCACAAACACAAGUCAAAGUCCAAGUCCAAGUCCAAGUCGGCAGGGUCAAAGAAGUCGAAGAGGUCUGCGUCUCCGGACUCGGCUAAGGACCCCCGCCCGUCCAAGCGUCAGAGAGGUUCGACUGGGGACUCGGCCGGCGGCCUAGCCGGGAUUUCUGCCGCUUCCAGCUCAACCGGCAACUCGGCUGGAAGCUCUGGUAUCCCAUCGAGCUCAGCUGUUUCGCCGUCGCCUAUUUCUGCUGGCCCAGCUUCAACCCUGUCGGUGCCUAUCGUGACCGCUCACGACGCUGGCGCCCACGUUCUCCCUCAGUUGCCUGCAGCUUUACGCCAUUCGCUCGCUCAGCUGCGCACUUUAGCUCGCCAGGCGGUCGGCCGAGAUGCCCGGAUCACUCCCCAGCUAGCUCAGCUGCGUGACAUCUGCUUCGUUCAUUACGGGUCUUGGCGGUGCUGGGAGGCUAUCCUCAGCCAUCAAACGGCCAAGGUCACUGUGGAUGACGCGUCGGGGAAGGGUAGCGUGCCGGUUACGCUCUGUUUCCUCGCUGGGAUUAAAGCGUUCGCGGACGUCUACCAUCCGGAUCACCCGGCUCAGCGGCUCCUUCGUCUGCUUCCCAAGACUCCCAUCUUCUUCUCCCGUCAAGUCCUCGACGAUGCCAAGCGCCGGUUGGCGAACUCGGUGAAGUCGGUGACCUUGAUGGAGCGUCUCGCAGAAGUGUUCGUGAAGAUCCGCGGGGAGGCUCCGAACUCGGUCUGUGACAAAGCGGGUCCUACCAAGUUCUUCGUAGCACUGUUCGAGCGGUGUCACUGGAUGGUCGAGUCGAGUGUGCUGAUGGGGCUACAUCCGGCUUUUCACACGGGGCUCCCGUAUCACGUGAUAGCCGAGAUGUAUGACACGUGGGCGUUGUACAAGUUGGCUCGCAAGGGUCGAGGCGAUGCCCUCCGAAGUCUCAUGACUACCCUGCCGGACGACAUGUUCACUGCAGUGAUGAAACUUCUCGGCGGGCUAGCUGCCCCGGAAAUCGAUGCGGAGCUCUUCUUCGAGCCGUCGGAUGCUAUCGAGGAGGACAUGGAUCUCGACGAGCCAGCUCCUCUCCAGAUUUCGUCGAGUGCUCCAGUCCCAGCCAACCGAGCUGGGAUUCACACGUUCAAGGUUGUGAAGUCGGCGAACUCGGCUGGGCUGCUGGUGACGUGGAUCCGAUCGUCCCUCUUUGGCCCGGCGUCGCCUAGGUCUCCAGCUGAGUCGAGUGCAGGAUCGAGUGUCCCUCUGGCUAGUGACUCGGCUAUUCCGACCUCAAGCUCAGCGGACUCGGCUGUGCCGACCGGAGAAGCAGCGGAUAGCUCGGCCGGCUCGGCUGCGAGCACUGGAGGUUCGAUUGGUCUUCUCGCAGCGGCUGCUACUACCGUCGUGUCUUCUGCCGCGCAUUCACAGGGUUCUUCGUCUCCGUAA